UUAGUUUUAUUCGGCUGUAGGUAAUUUCUUUAUCAUGGCUAUCGCUUGCUACAAAACCUUAUUUAUGUCCGGAUGAGCUUGCUAGUUUGCGACCGCUGGUGCGUGUAACAUGCUAGUCCGGUGGAUAUCAUCACAGGUUGUAAUAGUUAAAGUUAAAUGAACAAUCGAACAAGGUAUAGCUUAAUAUAAUUGUAUGUGUGUACACAACUAAUGUGUUCCUGUCAAGUGUCUGCGACUUUUGUAUGAUGGGAAAGUAUCCCAGUUGCGUCCGCAUGUAAUUUCUCACUCGAACAACACCUGGCUGCCUUUAUUUCAAUUUCCAGGUAUUUUAAAUAUCUUAGAACCGAUGAGCGACUCAUAUCACUUCCGCACUGUUACAGUGAAAUGAGACAGCGAAGUUAUUCGGUCUGUUAGUAAAUCGUGCAGCGUUUUGCUUUUGCAUCUCUGGACUUGCCAUUCUUGUUCUUCUUGUUGCACUUCGCUUGCACAUAAUGACAAUACAAUGGCGACAUGACAAACGUAUCAACUGGAUCCAGUGGAAUAUUUUUGCGAUAUGAACACAAAACACCGCGGGAGCAAUUACUUUUGUCCUAGCCGAAGAAUGUCAUGUCAAUAAACAUAGCCUUAUCUUUUCCGCUACAGGGGUUGCCUGUAUGCCAUGUUCAGGGGGCAGGGGGGGUGAAAAUAGGACCUGCUACGGGUAAAGAUCUUUAAAUAGACUACGACUUAUCGCGUUCAAGCUGUAGCCAAUUUCUACAAAGUGUAGGCUACAAGUAUUUGAAUGUGGCAUGUAUGUUCCGGUAAUACCAUUCAUGUGACGGACUAGAUUCUUACAGCAGAAUAUGGCACACUUGUCAGACUCCAGACUGCGUUCAUCACAUUUUCAUGCCACAAAUUCUUUACAAUGUUAAUUCUGUAAUAAAUAUAAGUGUAUUUCAGAAGUUAUGGAGUCCACAGACUAGGAAACACAAAUUGACGUUUGAAGGUCGUGCUUAAAUCAGUUUUCUCGGCUAAUCCGCCUUCUUUUUUUCCAGUCUAAAAACUUCUAGACUCACCUGUCCUGCAAAAUGGUGUGAUACUGGUGAAUUCCAAAUCAUACCACAAUGAGUAGGCUAGUCUAAACAUCAGAUUUAAAAGUGUUUUUUUCUUCUUCUUUAUGAGUGCGAUACAUUACAAUAAUAACCACCUCGCUGCACCCACACGUUGACAACAGUAACUACUUGUGAAUGAAUAAAAUGUUUGCUCCACCCGACAUCCUGGGAUGGUGGCGAGGUUAAACCCAGAACAGGCUUGCAAAACGGUUGAGUGUUGAAAUAAGUUGUGCAGUCGUGUUUAUUUAAAAAUCAGACCUUCUGCCGUAACUUUCUGGAGUGUAAAUUUAGCCAUCGUUCUUUGUUACUAGCCAUCCCCUUGCAGUGAUCAAUGACAACUAACCUUCUGCGGUUGCCUGGUUCGUUUUUAAAUUGACUUUAAGUUAAUUUUUUAAUUUAAAUUUGGAAGUUGCGUGUCAGGCACAUCUUCUAUGAAAUGAGUGCAGACUGAAAGAAAUUGGCUGGUGCAGAAAUACUGUUUUAACUUUAACGUGUUGGGGCCAAGGUGCCUGAGGGUAAACGACAGCCGUUGUGUUUUUAUUGUACUGUAUUGUUUGCUGUUGCUGCAUUCUUUACCAUGUGUAAUUAUAACUUCUUUGUCUACCUACAAUGAGUCAUUGUGUUGCUGCUGGUGAGAUGGCGUCAGUGAGCGACGCCCGCCAGCCGCAGCAGGCCCAGAAGGACGCGGCGGACCAGAACUUCGACUACAUGUUCAAGCUGCUGAUCAUCGGGGACAGCAGCGUGGGCAAGACCAGCUUCCUGUUUCGCUACGCCGACGACUCCUUCACCCCCGCCUUCGUCAGCACCGUCGGCAUCGACUUCAAGGUCAAGACCGUCUUCAGAAACAACAAGAGGAUCAAGCUGCAGAUCUGGGACACUGCGGGGCAGGAGAGGUACAGGACGAUCACAACGGCCUACUACAGGGGGGCAAUGGGCUUCCUCCUCAUGUAUGACAUCACCAACGAGGACUCCUUCAGCGCCGUGCAGGACUGGGCCACUCAGAUAAAGACGUACUCCUGGGACAACGCACAGGUAGUGCUGGUGGGGAACAAGAGUGACCUGGAGGAGGAGAGGGUGGUCCCAACGGAGGGCAGCCGGCAACUGGCCAACGAGCUGGGGUUUCACUUCUUCGAGGCCAGCGCCAAGGACAACGUCAACGUGAGGCAGGCGUUCGAGCGUCUGGUGGACGUCAUCUACGAGACGAUGAGCGAGAGCGCGGACGGGGACCAGAGCGCGUCCGGCAGAGCCGCCGCCCUGCAGGACGCGCCCCCCGACAGCCGGGGCGGCUGCGCCUGCUGACCGCAGUGCACCCUGGGACUGCCUCGCCCGGCGGCCCGUCCCCCUCCGUGGAGCCCAUGUCCCAGCACCCCACAGCUCCCCACAACAGCCUCUUAAUCUUAUCACCCCCAUAUUUGCACUGCGCAAACCGUCAAUCUGCCCGGACCCCCCCGCACCCGCCCCCCCCUUCCCCAGGUCACUUCCUGUUACUCAAAGCAACACAGAGGAACUACCAUCACCAUCUCUCUGUACUCCUCCAAACCCUGAGAGUGUUCUAUGGUCACUGUUACCGAUCACCUUCUCUCUGUACUCCUCCAAACCCUGAGAGUGUUCUAUGGUCACUGUUACCGAUCACCUUCUCUCUGUACUCCUCCAAACCCUGAGAGAGAGUGUUCUAUGGUCACUGUUACCGAUCACCUUCUCUCUGUACUCCUCCAAACCCUGAGUGUGUUCUAUGGUCACUGUUGCCGAUCACCUUCUCUCUGUACUCCUCCAAAACCUGAGAGAGAGUGUUCUAUGGUCACUGUUACCGAUCACCUUCUCUCUGUACUCCUCCAAACCCUGAGAGUGUUCUAUGGUCACUGUAACCGAUCACCUUCUCUCUGUACUCCUCCAAACCCUGAGAGUGUUCUAUGGUCAGCGUCACUGAACUAGAAUCCACUCUUUCAGCCAUCUCUGCUCCCUUUCUCCACUGCGGUCUUUUAACCUCCUACUCUUCCUCCCCUCGUUUUGUCUGUUCGCUGUUGUUUCUGUGGUCUAUCACUCGAUCUUACCCCCACCCCGGGGGUAUUUUAAAUUUUAACCAAUCUGAGCCUUUGCAAAUGUGGAGGACGUGUGGGCGUUCUGUUCAAACGGUUAAAAGCGGAUUAGAUUCUAGCUUUGACCAGAUAUUAAGUCCAGUUCUUUUGAAAAUGCGUUUCAAAUAUUUCGGAGCACAGAAUCUGUGAGAUAUAUUGAUUCUGGUGCAUUACAGUGUAGGUCUGUGGUGUUCAAAGUUCUAGUGCACCUCAAAACUUCUCCCAGUCACACAUCACUGUAGGAAUGUUCCAGGGCACUGAUAAAUUUUUUAUAUUUCCGUCACACACUCACUAAUAUCCAUCAGCAGUGUGCGGACCCCCCUUUAUCCAAAGCGCUUUACAAUUGAUGCCUCUCAUUCACCAGAGCAGUUAGGGGUUAGGUGACUUGCUCAGGGACACUUUGACACGCCCCAGGGCGGGGAUCGAACCGGCAACCCUCCCAACUGCCAGACAACCGCUCUUACCUCCUGAGCUAUGUCGCCCUGUUACAAAGAUUACAUGUUGAUAUGCUGUCGUAAAGUUUGGGUGAUGCGAAUGGGGGGUGGGGCGGAUUGGGGGGGUGGGGGGGGGGGGGGUGUUGGCUGAACUAUGCGACCUCAGAGGGCUGAGGUCUUUGGGGAAGAAGCCAGGGGGUGACAAAGCCCUUUUCUCUGUAAACGUGCAGGUGUGCAGGUGCCAAGGAACUCUGGGAGUGCGUCUCUCUUUCUCUCCCCUCUCUUUCAAAAUGGACACAGGUGCAUUUCUGUCAUAGUUACCACUGUACGUCUCCACGGUGACAGGGAGUGGGUGAUGUUGUGAUGUUGUGCCAAAUCUCUUACCCCAAGAUCUAGGUAAUUUGGCCAAGCCUGCAUUGAAGGCAAUACUGGACAUUCACACACACAUACAUAUAGGAACAUAUACAGUGUAUACGUAUAUAUACACACACACACACACACACACACACACACAAGUACCAGGUAUACAAAACAGUAAGCAAGCUGUCUUACACUGUUCUGAUUGGUGUACUGUGUGGACCUUUUUAGGCUGGUAUGUGGCGAUUUUCUCAGUGACUGUAAAUAAACUGCUGGAUGUUUUGUUAAAAUACUGGUCAUGGGUAAUGCACAAAUGCACUGUUUCCUGUGUUAGGGUCCUGCACUCAAACUACAUAUUAAGUUAAGUUCUUCAUCUCAGUCAGUCCUUGACUUUCGGCGGGAAGCGUGCUUAAGGAAUGUGUUUGUCUUUCUUUAUCUCACUCUCUAUCUCUUCCUACAUAUAUAUAUAUAUGUGUGUGUGUGUGUGUGUGUGUGUGUGUACACACACACAGUAUAUCUCAUGCCAAGUAAACUCUUGUUCGUACUUGAAUUCUCCAAUUUGGAGAGGAGGUAAUUUUUCAUUUUAUUUAUCAGAAAUGAACUGUUGGAUUUUAUUCGUUUGGAUGUUUGCUGUGUUGUGUUUGUGUAUGUUUUGUGUUAGUUGUUUUUAUUUAUUUUAAGAAUGGCAAACAUAAGGGGGAAAUGCCUGGUUUUGUGUAUUUUAUGAUGUCAUUUAUGUUUCCUCUUAAUUUAGGACAUUAGUGUAUUUGUUUCAUGAAGCAUGAAAGACACCAAAUAAUGACAGACUCAUUUUGGAGAAAUAAAGAUGGCAUUUGUGAGAACGCUCACUCGCAUAUGUCAUAUCCAUGACA